CAGCUGGAUCACAACCGAAGCUUAAGCUCUGUGUGUCUAUAUAAACAGCCAGGCCAGCCGGGUGUUAGGAGCAUCGAAUUGAUCCGAGAGAUCGUCGUCAUUGCAUGAUGAGUGACGCUGUAGUGACAAAGUCGCCGGUGGUGGUCGUCGGCCCGUCGGAGCCGGGGACGCCAACCGGCACCAUCAGUCUCUCCUCCUUCGACAAGGUUCAGAUUCCUAUUCCGAUGGCGCUUCUCCUCGUCUUCGACGAGCCGAUCGACGACCCCGCCGAGACCAUCAAGAAGGCCCUGUCGCGGGCACUGGUGCCCUACUACCCGAUGGCCGGCCGGCUCGUCGCCGGAGCCGACGACGACGUGUACCUCAACAUCUCCUGCACCGGCGAGGGCGUGCCUUUCGUGGCCGCGUCGGCUAGCUGUGCCCUGGAGCAAGCCAUGACGGCGCCGUCGAUGGGGCUCCUCAGGGAGCUCACCGUUCGUUACCCUGGAGAGCUGUGUCGCCUCAGCGACGCCUUGCUGCUGAUGCAGGUCACGGAGUUCACCUGCGGCGGGUUCGUCGUCGGGGUGACGUGGAACCACGUCAUGGCCGACGGCGCCGGGAUCGCGCAGUUCCUGCAGGCCGUGGGCGAGCUGGCCCGCGGGAUGGGGGCGCCGUCCGUCGCCCCCGUCAGGUCGGGCGCCACCAUCCCGCCCAUCCCGACGCCCGUGGUCGCCGCGCUGAGGUCCCAGAUGCAGGUCCUAACGGAGGAGCUGGCGAGCCUGGACGUCACGAUCCCCUCCGGCCUGAUCAGCCGCGUCAAGGCCGAGUGCGGCGGCGACUGCACGACGUUCGAGGUCGUGGCCGCGGCGCUCUGGCGGAGCCGCACCCGCGCGAUCUUCUCCGGCUCCGGCGCCGCCGACCCCGCGAUGCUCUUCUUCCCGAAAAACAUGCGCGAGAAGGUCGGCGCCGAGAGCGGCUACUACGGCAACUGCUUCGGCAGCCAGCUGGUCCUGGCGACGAGCGGCGCGGUGGCGGGCGCCGAGAUCAGGGACCUGGUGAAGCUCAUAAAGGGCCACGCGGACAUACUGGAUCUGCUGAUGGACGCCGGCGUCGCCUCAGGGAACGACCUGGGCAGGCUCAUGUCGUCCCCGAGGUACCACGCGAUCGCCGUCUCCAGCUGGCAGAAGCUUGGGCUGGAGGCGACGGACUUGGGGCGCGGGAAGCCGGCGAGGGUGAUGUGGCAGCCGGAGAAGGCGGUGGGGUUCUUCUGCGUGGUGUGCCCGCCAUGCAAGGGGGAGGACGGCGUCAACGUCUUGUCCCGCUGCGUCACGCCGGAGCACGCCGAGGCGUUCCUACGGGAGCUGGCCGCCCUCGACAUGUAGACACGCUCUAUCAUUUGGUUUCUCUUGUACUCCAUUUUCUUUCCUCGCUUCCGCUCGUCGAACGAUCAAUUAAUCUCCGUCGCUGCAGCUUCCUCCCUCUGCGCAACAACAGCUUUGCCGACACAAUGUGGCCACGUUCAAACAAACAGACUCAUAACGUGAUGUGAUGUGCUGUGCUAAAUUUA